AUGGCCUCAUCCCGUUCCACAGGCAAGCGCCUUCCUAUCAGCUGCCAGGCCUGCCGAACUCGCAAGAUCCGAUGCUCUCGCGACGGCCGGCCAUGUCAAACAUGCGUGCGGCGUGGUCUAGGCGCCGAAGACUGCAUCUACCUCGGCCAACCGCGGCUUUCAACCGAGCAAUCUUCCCCCGGCGACAGCGCAGUGCAGAACGAAUUGCUAGCACGAAUUCGGAACCUGGAAGCCAUGCUCCAAAAACAGAUGAACUCACACGCUAGCACACCCGCCGGUGGCGCAGUCUCGCCACUGGGUGGGACGAGUGCAGCUGGUAGUUUCUCCGAGCCUGAUAUUGGCUCUGGAUUGGAGACUUGGGACUCCCUCGGCCCCAUGUUGGAUAAUGUUGGCACGCUUCGGACUUCGCCUUCGGGUCAUGUGCGCUAUGUGCCACUAGCUUCGCAAUGGGAGUCUUUAGUGGCGAACAGCCCCGCCGCGGAAUGUUUGCACAAUUUAGAUACGGAUGUCGCGGAGGACGACGAUGAUCUACAGAUCCCGUUGGCCAAGAAUGGAAGUAUAUCGCGUGCGGAGCUGUUGGGAAUUCUGCCGCCUGGUCGGUAUUGUGAUACCCUUAAAGAUGUGUAUUUUCAGGUCUUUUCUACGGUUUUUCAUAUUCUUCACGACCUGACGUUCGAGGCUGAGUAUCAGCAUUUCUGUCAUGAUCCAAGCAGUGUGUCUACAUCAUGGUUGGCUCUGCUGUUCGCCAUUCUUUCUAUCGCCGUAAGCGCACUUGAUGAUGAUCACCCUCUCCUGGCGGAUCUGGGGCGAGAGCGUGCGGUUAGCCGGAAUAUUAAAGUUCUGUCAGCGCGGUAUCGAUCUGCCGCGUUGCGGUGCCUUGCUGCCGAUGGGGUGAUGUCCCGGCAUUCGAUCAACUCAUUACAAGCUCUAGUACUCAUAAAUUACGCCAGAGUCCACCGUGGUCUACCGGUUUGGACAUUGCUAGGAUUCACACAUCAUGUUGCAAUAUCGAUGGGAUGUCAUUUAGACCCAGAACGAUUCAAUCUUGGGCCAAUUGAGCGAGAAGAGCGACGACGGGUCUGGGCCGGAUUAAUGAUGCUGUACACCAUCCAAAACACAGCAUUUGGGAGUCUCGAGCAGCAGAGUCUAACACAGGAUGUGAAAAUGCCUGCAGAUAUCGACGACGUCGACUUGCUCACCAGCCCAAGCAUGAAAAGACCACCACCUUCGCCAUUUCCCCGCCCAACACAGAUGACAUACCUCCUUUUGAAUUUCCGACUAUACAGAAUCUCUUCGAAGGUCUGCGAAACAAUAUUCAGCUACCCAAAUACAUCCCGCUUCACCACUUCCCACCUCGAAGCGGAAAUCAUAUCUGUCCGGGAAAUGGUCGAUGCCCGCUACACACCCGAUACAAACAAGCCCCUACUCGUUCACCACCAAGCCAACCACCAUAUCCUCUACAGCCAGAUCCAUCAACUACUUCUCCUCCUCCUCCGCCCAGGUCUGUGCCGCUACCUACAAGGCGAGAUUACACCCGAAACAUGCGCUACAAGGGCAAAGUGCAUCGCUUCUGCCAAGGCUUCACUUUCCAUCUUUGAAAUUCUCCUCGAAACACCAUCGUUCAAGCCCUACAAAUGGUAUACUGGUGGACUCGGCAGUUUCCACGCGUUCCACGCUGCAGUCACAUUGGCUGUCAUCCUACACAUUCCCGAGAGCCAGCACGAGUAUGAAGAGAUCAAAGAGAUUCUCGAUCGAGCACUAGAUAUGUUCGCCUCGCUCUCAGUCCGCAGUGUUUUCUGCAGCAAGGCUGUCCCUACAAUUCGACAGAUAAUCGAUGUUGCCUCGGCAAAGUACAACCCCCAAGCACUCAGUCACUCUCAAUCUCAUCUACAAGCCCAAGCCCAGGCCCAGGCUCAAGUCCAAGCCCAAGUCCAACACCAACAAAAUCAAGCCAAUAUCCAAUCCCAGUCCCACAACCACCUCCUACCGAGCAUCCAAACCCCACUCUCAAUGCAAAAUCUCUCCCCGGGAAUGACAAUGCAGGAUAAUUAUGCCCUCUCACAUCCACACUCACAAUCCGGAUCACCGGUACCAACUAUUGCAUCAACCUCCAGUGAGCACACCAUGCAUUCCAGCUUUGGGCAAAUGCAUCCGCAGAAUUGGAUUGGUCCUACUUCUGUUCCGUGGGAUACGUUAGGGUCUACCACUGGGGGCUAUGGGUUUGACUAG